GUGGCCAGCCGAUACAAAACCAGAUGUCAAUGGAACGCCCACCCCCCAACACUGCAUCCAAACGCACCUCCGCGCAUGUCGAGAAUAUUCCAGAUCCUAGAAAGGUCCAGGAUGGAGAUACAGCCCUCGCACUGGUUGCCGCGGACGACGACCUGCAGUCCGUCGCUGCAGAGGAAUUGAAACGACUCGAGAGGAAGAUAGACUGGGCAAUCCUGCCUUGUCUGUCCGUCUGCUACGCCUUCUACUAUAUAGACAAAACUACCCUCUCUUAUGCGGCUAUCUUUGGUAUCAAGGAUGAUCUGGGCUUGUCGGGCGAGCAAUACUCCUGGCUCUCCUCGGUCUUCUAUUUUGGAUUCCUUGUCUGGGCAGUGCCGACCAAUUUCUUGCUCCAGAAGUUUCCGGUCGCCAAAUACCUCGGGUUGAACAUCAUCCUGUGGGGGGUCUUCUUGAUGUUGCAGGCUGCGGCCAAGAACUUCACCCAACUUGUCGUCUUGCGAGUGAUCUCCGGAGCUGCUGAAUCAUGCAGUGACCCUGCCUUCAUGUUGAUCACCAGCAUGUUCUACACGCGACGCCAACAACCCAUCCGUAUCGGCCUGUGGUAUACCGCUAACGGAUGUGGAAUCGCCCUCGGAGGACUGCUAGGCUACGGCAUCGGACACAUUCAAGGUGCAUUGUCUUCCUGGAAGUACGAAUUCCUCAUUAUAGGUGCGCUGUGUACCGCCUGGGGCUUCCUAAUUUUAGUCCUCCUGCCCGACUCCCCGGUUACGGCGCGCGGCUUCUCUCCGCGAGAAAGACGAUUGGCGGUAGAGCGGCUCCGAGAUAACCAGACAGGCGUGGAGAACAAGACUCUCAAGCCAGCACAGGUCCUGGAGGCGUUACUCGACUGGAAGGCGUGGGUGUUCCUGCUCCUGGGCCUCUCUGGCAACAUUCCGAACGGCGGGAUCUCGAAUUUUGGAACUCUGAUCAUCUCAGGGUUUGGCUUUUCAACCUUGGUGACGACUCUCAUGCAGAUCCCCUACGGCGUCUUCAUAGCCUCGAUGAUCCUGCUCAGUGUGUACAUCAACGAUCGCCUGCCGCCCAACCACCGUUGCGUCGUGACCGUGCUUUUUCUCCUCCCCAACGUUGCAGGCGCAUUUGGACUCUGCUUUCUCGCUGAGGACAACCGCGUCGGUCGACUGAUCUGCUACUACCUCACAGGCUCGUACAAUGCCUCUUUUGUUCUUAUUCUCUCUAUUCUGACCGCCAACAUCGCCGGCCACACGAAGAAAGUCGUCACCAAUGCAAUGAUCUUUCUCGGGGUCUGCGCGGGGAACAUCGCCGGUCCGUUCUUCUACAAGUCCAACCAGGCACCACGCUACCAGUUGGGGAUCUGGUCAAUGAUCGUGUCCAACCUGAUUGAGAUUGCACUCGUCGUGAUCUUGCGGGUCAUGCUAGCGUGGGAAAACCGUCGGCGAGAUGCAGCGCAGCAGCGCGGAAAUCCGACGUCAUGGGACCGUGAUCAGACGGCAUUUAGUGAUCUCACGGAUAAGCAAAACUUGAAUUUCCGGUACGUAUACUGAGGCGGGGAUGGCAGUCGACAGAGCGGGGGUGAGAGGGGCAAGUGGCAGCCAAUGUUGCAGUGGGGGCACCGAUCAGCGCUCUUCCCCCACCAAUAAUGCAGGCUCGAUAA